CUUCGCAACAGUCUAAACUUUCAUGUAGUCCGAGAGUGGUGUUGCCUAACAUCAUGGAAAUAUUACUUCACUUUUAUUUAAUCUUGUGUGCAACAACUUGGUCUUUAGCUUCGGCCUUAACCUUGAAACAAGCUACGACAAAACCUCGUCAUACAAAAUUCAGUGUUUCUACAACUGAAGAAACCAGUCCGUUAGCAACACCAGUGUCGAGUACCGCUUCCAAAGAUGAUUCCGGCGUAGCUUAUUACAGAAUGUUCAAUGAUAAAUCAGGAGCUACGUGUAUUCUUCUUAAAACAGAUGCUGUGGUCGAGGUUCGCUUCAAACUUCAUGAUUUAGAUGAACAAGCGGACUCUUUUAUACCAGAAAAAGCCCUCAUCGAAGGUGAAUGCAAAGAAGAAGAUGCAGCUUGGAUGAGGAUCUCCUGGACUGGAUACAGUUUAAUCAUCAAUUUCGCAAAAACACCUGGUGGUGAACGAUGGUACAUAAGCAGUAUAGAACUCACCGUUAGUCCAGAUCUACCUCAAUUUCAUGGUAUACCAAUACAAAGAAAAUCGUCUAUCAAAUUGUACCAUCGUCAAAUGUUGAUCCCGACACCGGUGGGAAAGUCCUAUUCCUGUAGCGAAGUAGAGAUACCUUUAGAAACCGACGAAGAAGACAAUCCGCCGCCGGGGAUGCACGGAACGCUCUAUUUAAGGCUUCUACAAGUUCAAGCGUUCAUGUAUCGCAGCGAAUCUUUCGAUACGUCUUUCGAAUGUAAGCUGCAGAGGUCGUUUAGAGACGAAACGGCUCCGAUAGCUGUCGGGUCUACGUUAGCAGUUGCGGUGUUAGUUACCAUCGCAGGUUACGCCGCUUAUAGGUAUUUCAAAGUGAAAAACGUCCAGUAUAACACUAUGGAAUAAGUUUGGUUUUUAAUUUGACGAAUCGAAUUUGUGUCUGGUAUGUUUGUCGGAUUGAAAUUGAUGAAAGUGGUUUGUUUUAUGGUAGCAACAAAUUCAAAUAUUGUUAAUGGACUACCACUUCUCCUAUCCCGCCUAGUGAAAAGAAAAUGGCGAAACAUCUAUUCGGUUCGCCGUUCGAAGAUAAAUGAGUUUACAGCGUUGUCACAAGUGGUUAGAACGCGUCAGUUCUGACUCUUUUUAGUAGCAGUUUUGAUCUGUAAUGGACGUAAUAGAAAUUGAUAAAGCGUCUUGAUUUCAGCACUUUUUUCAUAGAAACGUUUUGACCUAUGUCGGUCUUUAUCAAACAAAACCAAACCAAUUUUCUAUCAAAAUCAAUAAGAUUUAUCAAAAAAAACCUAACGCGGCCGUUUUUACUUGAUUUCUUCGCUCAAAAGUUGCAGUAAGUUCGCAUAAUACUCGCCGUUGAUAGUUUUUCAUUUUCCAUGAUAGUCAAUCAAAAUUAUCCCACGCACAUCCAAAACAACCGACGACAUGACCUUGUCUGCAGAUGGAACGGUCUUUGCCUUCUUUGGAGCCGGUUCUCCCCUUUGCUUUGCUUGUUCUUUUGUUUCGAGAGUGAAAUGAUGGACCCACGUUUCAUUCAUGGUUAUGAAACUGCACAAAAACUCGGCUUUCUGAGAUGGAAAGACCUUUACGACGCUGUUUUUGUUCCAUUGUGACCAAACGCAGCACAGAGCUGACUCAUUUUUGUUCCCAACUCCGCUAAUGAAUAAAACAAGCUUGUGACAACACUGUUUCCAUGAACUCGACUAAAUAUACACGAAACUGACAUCGUGUAUUGUGUGUAUCAUUUUGUUUUUCAAUAAUUUUUUUUCUUUGGAAAUACAUACACGGUCAUAUCAGUUCUCAGUUCAGUAACAGUCGAACCGGUUCAAUCAGUUUUUCGUAGGUGUAUGUAUGUAUUGAGACUCAAUGGAUCAUUGAGUCGCCCUUUCUAGAUGCGAUACUGGGGAAUACAGUAUUUACAGCCGAUCCAUCAAUCCCAAUCCUUUUAAAAAGUCCAGAAUGUGGGAUGCUCUAGCUUCGUCUCCUAUUUCAUACUCUCUCACGUGAAGUGCUCUUGAGUUUCACACUUCGAAAGAAUGUGGUUAGAGGUUUCGUCCUCUGAGCAAUAAAAUAUGCGCGCCGCAUUAUCUGCUAAGUUUAACGUAUUUAGGUGUUUGUUGAGACGACAGUGCCCAGAUAGGACUCCUGUUAGUAUUCGUAGUUUGUUGCCAGGAGAGUCUUUGUCUGUCUCAGACCUUGUAGGUUGUCCCAAUAAUUGGUUUUGAUCCUAUCAACCUUCUUUUGCAAUGCUUUGCCUCUCCCUUCACUCCGGAGUGUCCCGGAAUCCAUUGUAGAGUAUUUUUCUUGUCUAGCUCGUUUAAUUUUUUUAGGCAGUCCCAAACGAGUUUGGAUUUUAUGAUAUUGGAGCUUAAAGCUCUAAUGACUGCUUGGCUAUCGGAGAUGAUGAUGAUCUUCUGUUUGCGACAGUUCCUCUCCAAAUUGAACUGGACACAUUUUUCAUUUAUAUAAAUUUUUGCUUGGUGUGUUGCUUUCAGUUGUUUGGUUCACUCCUAUUCUGUCUGCUGUUUUAGAUCCAUCCGUAUACCACUUAAUGGCAUUUCUGUUAAUUUCUUGUAUGGUGUUUUGACUCCACUUACUUCUACAGCUUAGUAUUGAGCUUAACUUUGGUUUGGUCAUUAUUUAUGGACGGCUUUUUCAUUUGUAAUUCCGUCUCUGAACAUUCUGUGAUGUUUUUUCUCCAGUACAAUGGGAGAUUUAGGUUUAAAAAGAUAAAAAUUUAAAGGAAACUCAAACUCAGACGCUGAUCUGACGGAAUGAACACACCUAUUUGUAUCAUUACAGUUCUAAGAAUUCUUGUGUGUAAAAAACGCGUUAGGCCCAUGCUCAUACCUCAGUUUUGAUUUGUGUGUUCUCGAUUAUGGAGUUUAUUGACAUUAAUAAAGCAUGUGUAUAUUUGUGGGACAAAAAGGACUCAAAAUAUCAUAAUGCAAAUAUAAGGGAGGCUGCGUUUUGCGCUUCUGUAGGAGAAAUACCAAAACGGACAACAGCAUUGAGUUCAACUGAAACGGCAAAACGGACGGUUCGACUGAGACGUUAUAUGACCGUGUAAAAGGACCUUUAGAGAAAAUGGUGAACGUAGCAUUUAGCGUUUAAAUUUUCGAAAUUUUCCGGGGGAGAGCCCCUCGCACGGGGCCCCGCGGUGGUUAGCGCCGCCACUGAAUUAGACCCAAAUAAUAAUUUGUUUUUGGACUUCAUUUACAAAUUAAUAAAACACACGUUGUUUUAAUAUUUAUAGUUGUUUUAUAUUUAGGGCUGUUUUAAUAUAUUUUUCUCUAAAAAUAUCAUAAUUACAUAUUAAAAAAAAUGUUAUGAGAAAUAAAAUGAAAAUAUAUUGUUCGUAAUUUAAAUUUAUGGUUCUAAAAGUAACAAUUUGUCAUAUAUCUUAGUCAAUAGAGCGUAAAUUUCAACAAAUCUGAAAAUAUCGGCGCCAAUAUCGAAUACAGUAUUAGAUCGUAGCAAAAAAUAUGAAUAUUUUUCGAAAAUUUUCAUUAAUAAAAAAAAAUUUGAUUCUCCAAUUACACUCGUCUAUAAUAGUGAAAAGGCACUUCUAAAUGUAUAUAAUUAUUGAAAAAAUUGUAAAAAUUUUGGAAAAAAAAGUGUUUCAGCGUUUCUUAUACACAUAUUGUUAAUCUAGAACCUGUAAAAUUUUUGGUAUCAACUCUCUCAACCUUGCAAAGAUCAUUACCAUUCUUCUCCUUUUUACACCUCGUUUAACCCCACAAAGAUCAUUACUAUUCUUCUUCUUUCUACACAUCGUUUAACCUAACAAUGUUCUGUCAGUUUCGUAUUGUUCUGUUACUUGAUUCCAGUUUUUGGAUGGAAUAGGUUAUGAAAAUAAUUACUUUAAAUCUCAAGUAUGCCUUGUAGGGUGUGCCUCAGUAGAUUUCGGAAAUAUUCAAAAUUAUUUGACAUAUUUUUCGCAAUAUUUUGCUUAUAUCAAGUAGCAACAUAUGGAUUUUCAACUAAGAAUUUUUGGAAAUAGUCACUCAUGUUUAUUUUUUUUAAUUUUCCAACUAUUUUGUAACUGCGUAAUUUUAAAUACUACUAUAAUUAACAUAUACGCGAUCCACUAAAAAAAAUUUCGGAAAAUACAACUAAAAACGAUAAAAAACACGAGAAACACAAUCCAAAUAAUACUAAUAAAAGAUUGUGUUUGCCUCCCAGCGGCCAUAUCAGUAUCAUAAACGUCAAAGUUUUGAAAUGACCUAUUCUUCUCUUUUUUACAUCUGGUUUAACCUAACAAACUUUUCUUCUUUUUCUACAUCUCGUUUAACCUAUCAAACAUCAUUACUAUUCUUCUUCUUUCUACACCUAAUUUACCAUAAAAAAUAUCAUAACUAUUAUUUUUCUUUCUACAUACGUCAUUCGAAUUUAUCAAUUUUAAAGCAAAAUAUCAAAAGAAGUGAUUUUGAGUCACUUGUUUAACCUAAUUUUCGUUUACGAACAAAAAUUUUACAGGUUAUUUGCUUGAAAGAAAAUAUUUUUACCAUAAUGUUCGUUAUGAUACAUAUUUAUAAAUAAGCAAGUACAUAAACUUGUUCAAAGUAGAUAUAGUGUUUUUAUAUUAUAUUUCAAAUGUUGUACAUGAUUAAUUUUAACUUGAAAUAUUUUGCUGUUAAUAGUUUGAGAAAAUGGAACCUUGAUGAUACUCUGAAUUUUUAAUAUGUUACCAUGAAAAGGAUGAAAAAAAUAACAAAAAGUGUUUUUUUUUUCAAUUUUGGGAAAACAAUGAAAUUUCACCUAAAAAUGGUCACGCGAUUUUUUUUGCAUUAUUGAUAUUUACAAAUUUAGGGUAGCUGAAGCUUAAGGGAUGAAAAUUACAGAUUUAAAAAAUCCUAAUUUGAUCAAAAAUUGUGAUUAUGCUCAAGAAAAAAUACGGACAUAGUUGAAAUUGGAAUUCAUAAAAUUUUUUAAGCAUUUUCUUUGUUAAAAUUGCAGUUUCUAGAUGUAUUUUUUAUCCCCGAAGCCGUAGCCACUUUAACUUUGUAAAUAUUAGUAAUACAAAACAUUUCAAACUACAACUUUGAUCAAAAGUUUUCAUUCCUAAAUUUUACCCCAUUCCCGAAAUUCAGAAAAAAAAAUUAUUCCAAAAAAUUCUUGACAUAUCUAUUUCAGACACCUCAAAGUAACUUAUAUUAAAAUUUCACAUUUAAAGGCACAUUUUUCAACUAUAAUAACUUAGGUGAUAUAUUGGGAGGAACCUGAGUACAUCAUGACACUAAAACAAAAGUCAUAAAAUUGAAUUCCCCAAUCUUACAGCUGUGUUUAUCCUGACCUUCAUUCAAUUAACAGUCACUUCACAAUCCCUUUCUCCCUUGUCUAUAAAUUACUGCAAAACACAUUGAAGACAUCAAUCGAAGAUCAAUCUUUGAAUGAGAUAAGACAAACAAGGCUAGGAAAGUAACCUAGUAAACUGUAUUACUGUCCUAGAUGUCCUAGAUGAUUGCUCUAGCUCGAAGUAGUUAGUGCAGUUUACAAUAUACUGGUGACGAGGUUUUGAACCUGGAGUGCAUUCAUGACCAAAAAAUAAUUCAAUUGUAACUAUACCGAUUUGCAAUAGAUAAAUUAACCUAACCAAAGAAGGCUUUCAUAAACGUAUAUGGACAAGACUGUGCUUUAUGUGCUUCACCUACUAUUUGAAGGUAGUAUUAUAAACCAGGAUAGUUAAACCAAUGGUGGAGGACGAUAUUAAACUACCCUAACUUGAAACACUAGUUUACUUGUUGAUAAAAAGCUAGUUCUGUAUACAUGUACCUAGAACUACUAACUAGUCAUUAGAAAAACGUGUAUAAACAAUACCAUGGGUUUUAAGAAAGAAGGAAAGUGGACAGUGCACAAGGAAGCUAUUAAACUCCCCUAACUUAGGUGCUAGUUUUUUACUAGCUUACUAGCCUAGAAAAUAAACUAGUUUUGUGUACAUUAGACCAGAGAUUCUAGUUUUUAACACUAAUUUGAAAAACUAUCCACAUUUGAUCAAAUUUCUAUCAUCAGGCAAUGCUCCAUUAAAUAAUUCUAGGAUCCUUUCACAAAUAUAGUGUAGUAAAAUAUUUUUAAAUAUAAAAUAUUGUUUUUUAAAGUUUUCUAAUUGUUUAAAGUAUAAUAAAGUAUUGCAACUUAUUUAUAUGAAUAUAUAGUUGUAAAUAUACAUAAAUUAUGUGGGAACCGAAAGUUGUUGAUGAAAAUUUGUAAAAUUAUUAUCGUCAAUUCAAAGUAGAGCAUAUCAUUCAAUUGUUUUAUUCAAAUACUUUGAUUAGAGGGUCAUACUUACGAAGGUCGAAAAUCUUGACAAAUAAUAAACUUUUAUUAAUGCUCCAGACAUUAUAAUACAUAUUAAUACAUCUUGACCAACUACUGGAUCUGGAUUUUUGGCAUUAUCCAAGCAUGUCCCACAAAUUUUCAUAUACAAUUUUGAAACGCCAUAGUCUGUCUUCCAUAUAAUACGAUAUUUAAAAUUAAACAGUAGAUUGGUGUUUAUUAAUUUUAGGUAAUUUGAAUUUUAUGGAUAUUAUUAUACACAUAUAUAUGAGAAUAAAGUUAAACAAAAUAAUAA